AUGGUAAACUUGACAAUUAAUUUCUUCAAUUCCUCUCUUAAAUGUGAUUUUAACAGAAGCCGUUUUCUGAGAGCUAUCAAGACAGCAUUACACGGGGGAUUAAGAGGUGUUUCCAUUUGGUCGCUAUUAGGGAAAAUUAUGAUGGUUAAUUCCAAGUGGGCCACUCAUAUAAAGAUUCUGGACGAAACUGAUAAGCACGUGUUUACCAUCUGGAUUCCAUGUUGCGUUUGCCAGGACGUCUGUUGUCCGGAUGACAUCGUAAUUCCGAUAACAGACCCGACACUUACGCAACAGAUAGGGAAAAUAUCCAAGGUAUGGCGCGGAUGUUGUGUGGAAGCCAUCGUCGAUGCAGACACUUUUCGUUUGGAAUUCCCUCUUGACAUGGCGUUAAACACAAAGAUACUUCUGAUGGGUGCACUCUUCAUGGUUGAUUAUCUCCGUUUUGAAGCGAAUUAGCUAGAUUAUAGUGCACGCAUACUUCAGUGUACCUUUACAGAAGUCGCACAAACCUCAGUUCAUACUCGGUCUAGCACACAAACGUUUUUGGAGGACUUAAAUCUCUGCAUUGAUGUGAAAAUUCUUUACACACCAAUGGCUUUGAAAUGCAAGAAACUGUAUUGCGCAGAUGGCUAACGAUUUUAAUAUUUUUUAUUCACAAUGACAUGUACAUAGAUUUUAUGACAGUUUUAUUAUUUAUUUUCUGUUUCGUUUGUUUGAUAUAAUUAUUAUCACAUCACAUUAUUGCGUUAUCUUGUUAUGCACUGUUGUUCCUUUGUGCCAUAUCCUAUACUUGAAUACUGACACCAGUCAAAAUUUCUUGCUUGCCUGUUGUUUUUUUGUUUGCUUUUUUUGUUUUUUGUUUUGCUGUUGUUUUCAAAUUAAUGAUAAAUAUACUACAACGAAAUGUUGAAUAUAGAAUUACCACUGCCUAAUUCCCUCAACCACAGCAUCCCCUGUCACAUCACGUGUCACUCCGACCCUACCACUCACUACUUCCAUACACCAUCGUAUCUCCUGUCAUCACGUGUCCCUAACACUAACACUUCCUAUUUCCCUCAACCACGGCAUUGCCUGUCACAUCAUUUGUCCCUGACACUAUCCCUGCGUUCUUCCCGCUGUCACAUCAUGUGUCCCUGACACUGUCCCUGCGUUCUUCCCGCUGUCACAUCAUGCGUCCCUGACACUGUCCCUACGUUCUUCCCGC